AUGGCCGUCUUCGAUGGGGUUCACUAUAUACUGUCCCCUUCCUUGCCUCCCCAUCGCAGGCAUGAAUUGGUCUCCAUUUUAGAUCUCAACGGGGCGACUAGCGUCGGGCCAUACACUCAUCUCAUUGCUCUCGGUGGAUCAUACUCACAUCACGACAAACAACAUGCAGAAUCAGCCAAUACAACCCUCAAAGUUGUCAGUGACAAAUGGGUGGACAGGAGCAUCGUGAUGGGAAAAAUUCAAUCGUAUGCAGCCCAGCUGAAACCGUAUGUGGCACAUUCCUUACUAAUGCAUGCGGAUAGAGAGCAGUAUUAUUCCCCUGACCCGGCCAUGAUAUUCUCGGGAAUUGUGGCUUGUGCAACUGAUCUACCAACAUCCGACGUCGAGGUAUUAUCUGCCGGAGUCACCGCUCUAGGAGGUCAAUGGCGCAUCGGCUUGACGCGGGAUGUUACACAUCUAUUUGCUCUGCGUCCAGGAAGUGACAAGUAUAACACUGCUCUUCAUUUUGCCCCUCAUACUCGUAUGUCAAUUGUUACGCCACAUUGGUUCGACGACUCCGUUCGCCUUGGGCGCCGGCUACCCGAAACACCCUACUUAUGGCCAGAUCCAAUUGUCCUGCGUCCCGGCGCCGCACUUACUUUGGACGAGGAUGCGAUUAAUAACGGCGAUUUGAAACGAAAGAAACCACGGACAUCUGAUAUUACUGGAGAAGAUUUCGUUGGCGAGAAGGAGAAAGUUUGGGGAGGAAGGAAAGUCCUCCUAUCCCGAUCUCUGGAAUUGAGUGAAAGUCAGCGAGCUGCUGUCAACGCUGGGAUAACCCGCUCUGGAGGCGUGGUGGUCAAAGCGGAAGGUAUAGACGAUGAUGAAGCAGAGGAGAGGGCAGUGGAUACGUGUGACGUGUUUGUAACGCGAUGGAGAAGUGGCAGGGCGUACUUCAAGGCUGCGCGUGCUUCCCGUCUGAUUGGCACUCUCACGUGGCUAUUUAAUGUCGAGUCAAGCGGAACUCUCCAUUCUCCGUUGGAUUCUUUGUUGUGGUAUCCGGUCCCAAGGGGCGGAAUCCCUGGCUUGGCAGGUUGUGAAAUAUCCAUAACCAACUAUACUGGCACUGCCCGGGAUUACCUUAAGCGUUUAAUAUCGUUGACAGGUGCAAAGUUCACUCCGAGUCUGAGUAUGGAUAACAAGGUCUUGAUUGCAGGAUUCCAACCCUCGCCCAAGACGACACGUGCCCUCGCUUGGUCAAUACCGGUAGUGAACCACACAUGGCUAGAGGACUGCAUUGUUGAGUGGCGAGCGCUCACUGUCGGUCUCGAACGCUACAUUGUCUUUCCUCCAGGGAUAGAUUUUGGGAAGGUCCUUAUGGGUGCAGAUGGGGGAGCAGUGUUGACAUACGAUGGCGACCUGGAUGGCGUUCCUGAGGUUGCGCACGUGGACGAUAACGUGAUGGAUGUGGACGAAGAUGCGCCAAAGAAUACAAAGACUGGGCGGGCGAAACUCACCAACACAAUCAAGCCAAACUCCAAGGGCAAAGGAAGAGCUGUACCUCAUCCUCAGUCUGACGGUGGCCUCUCCCGUGACGAUGACGAACGCAGUGCUGCACGAUCGAAGGGCAAAUUCAUGGCCAAAUCCAAUGUCAAAUCAUCCACAACUAGUCUAGCUCCGCACCGUAGAAGUCCGGUGCCUGCGGCAGGGAAGCCUCGUCCUAAACUCGUCCGAAGGAACCAAACCUCUUCAACUGCGAAUUUGACUCAAAGUGAACCUGACAAACAAUCGGAGCAGAGGAUGGACAAGAGUCCUUUGUCAGUGCGCCAGCCUAAAGCGAAGGACGUUAGAUCCGGUGACGAAAUCAUUCAGCUAGAUUCAGAUUCCGAGCCUGCACCACCCCCUGGAAUUUCAAGAGCCUCGACACUGACUCCCAUCAAGUCUGGCAUGAAACCGAAAUCUAAGUCCGGUCAUAGCCAAAAGUUGGUAGACCGGGAGGAACCUUCGGACAAAGACCUCCCCACCAUACAUAACAAAAAUAAGAAAGCGGCCGAUGGCAAAGCUACGAGUAGUCGGAAAGCGAAUACCACGGCCCACAAGGAACGCUCCAAGCAUGCCGCGCAACCCGACGUAGCGGACUCAACGAAAGAACGUCGUCUAUCCACACUAUCAUCGUCCCCCCCUCCCCCUUCCGCCAAGACGAUGACCACUCCCAAAAGAUCGGUGUCUGUGUUAGUACCGUCUCUUCCUGAUGAAUACUUCACCCCGAGAGGCAGCAAGGGGGCUUCCUCAAGCAAGGGAAAGCUGGUUGUUGCUGAUAGGUCGCCGGAUGCAGCAGGGAAGAAACAGAUGGCAUCUCCUUCCAGACUCAAGGGCCAUCGAUCAGAGGCAUCCGUUGUUGACGAGGGCGACGGGUAUGUCUCCGCUGAUACAUUCGCCACCAUGUCUGUCCGUGGCGGGCCCAGACGGAGUGCAGCGAAUAAGGCUACUGUUAAGCUGAGGGAUGCGGUUAUGCCUGAUGUGAUCGACUAUGAGAAAGAGAGAAAGAACCAGAAACGGAGGAGAAGUGCCGGGGGUCGGUCGUUGUUCUCCUUGGGAGAGGAUGAUGUAGCCGAGAGCAGGCUUGUGAAGAAAAGGAAGGUUGAAGGAGAGGGUGCCAAAGCGGACACAAAGGGCAAGGGAAAGAAGGUGAAACCUCAAGAGGAAGAUGAGGAACAAGAAGUGGAACUAGCUGUUGCUAUACCGAAAGAGAAACCGAAACUCACGAAGGGGAAAGGCGGACUCCAGAAGACCGCGUCAUCUGACAUGAACACGCCAGAAACGAGAACCAUCAGGCUGAUAACCACAGGGGUCACUCUUUCCGAUGAAGUCAUCAAGGGUCUGUCGAAGUUGGGUGCAAGGAUGACUACCAAAUCGACCGAUUGCACACACCUGGUAGCUAAGGGAAUCGUCCGCACAGAGAAAUUUCUCUGUGCAAUGUCCGUUUCUCCAUACGUUUUGAAGGAGGAAUGGGUGAACGCGUCGAUCCAAAGCGGAAAGCUCCUGCCUGAACAUGACUACUUGCUCUCGGAUACUGCUGCUGAGAUGAAGUGGAACUUCAAAUUCUCUGAAGCCCUGGAACGCUCUAAGCAAAAGGGCUGUGGCUCCCAGCUAUUCAAACAGUUAUCAUUUUACCUCACUCCGAAGGUGCCCAUUGAUAACAAAUUGUUGAAGGCCGUUGUCUCCAGCGCUGGUGGGCAGAUACAGAACGCUACGCCUACUGUUAGGAUUCUGAAGGCGAAAGCAAAUCGCUAUGUUAUCUCCUGCCCUGAAGACGUAUCUAUAUGGCGUCCCCUUGUCGAUGAGGGAUACAAGAUAUACUCUACCGAACUCAUCCUGCGAGCUGUCCUAAAGCAGGAAAUUGAAUGGGACAAUGCGGAGUGCAUCGUAUCUGGGUCAGAUUCAUAG